GUGGACAUUGUGGCGGCACCAGCGCGAAGCAUGUCUGCUACACACAACACCAUUUUAUCAAUAAGGCGCAAAAGAGUGAGUGCCAGUUCGCCUGGCAACUGUCCGCGAUUGAUAGAUAAAUGGGGGACACCGACUCAAAAGUCGAAACACAACAGAAAUAUCCCCACAGAGCAAACCAAGCCGUUAUGGUCGCAGGGGACGGCACCAGCGCGAAGCAUGUCUGCUAUACACCCAGCAACGCGGCAUCAAAGCGGCGCACCCGACACUGGCGCUCCGUGCAUCUGA